UGGUGCAAACGUAACCAAAUGGCCCACUUGCAUUUUGUUGUGAGUGACGCUAACGUCUAACCUCCCCAGCUCUUCUUCGAGGAUUCUGUUCCUUAUUGGUAAAGACCGCUGAUCAUACCCAUCAUGGAUCCUGGACUCCUUCGCAUAUAUUUUAUGAUUAAAGAAUUUCUCAAACAACCAGGUCACGUGUGGUGGCAGAUGUCGCUUGUACUGACCAUGGCUUACACAUUUUUUGUCAGAGAAAGGUUGCUGGAUCACAAUAUUUUUGAUUCGUAUCCAAACCCUUUGCCUGCAGUCAAGCGACGCUGCAAUGAUCCUGUGUUGGGGGAAGGAUACAUUGGAUGUUUUGAAGCAUCAAUGCUGACAAACUAUGGAUUUGAUGAACAGAGUUUAAGUGCAGUAACCCCCGAGGAAUGCAUUGACAAAUGUAAAACUAACAUGUUCACGUAUGCAGCCUUACUCAGAGGAAGAAAAUGCUAUUGUGGUAUGGGCUACGAAAUUCAAGCAAAGUCCAAAGAAUGUAAAUGUCGCAGGAAGUGUAGUGGAAACAAAAAAAAACGAUGCGGUGGACCAAAACAUACCUCCCUUCAUAAAACAUAUUUCUGUACACAGAGAAUGAAAGCAGCUCGGACAAUCGAUGGAACAUGUAACGAUCUAAACAACACAGCCGCUGGAAGCAGGUUUUACCGGUUUGGUAGGAACGUCCCUCUAAAGUACACCUACACUAACUCAACCCGUCUCCUGAGCCCCGAUCCACGGAUUUUGGCCAGAACGCUAUUACAGCGAAAGAAGUUUCUGGAAGUCCCUUGGUUAAAUUUGCUUUCAGCAGCUUGGGUUCAGUUUAUGGUUCAUGACUGGUUUGACCACGGAACGCCAGUUACUGAAAAUAAGAUCAAAAUUCCUCUGCAAUCUAACGACUCACUGUACUCAAGAAUGAAAGUCAUGAAAGUUCUUCGGACGAAGCCAGACUCGUGCAGAGAAGAUACUGACCCACCUAUUUAUCAAAAUGACGUCACUCACUGGUGGGACGGCUCACAGUUGUACGGCAGUGACAUAGAAACGCAUAAGCGAGUCCGUUCCUUUGCUGGUGGAAAGCUGAUUGUUGAUGAUAACGAUGGUCUUCUACCUGUGGAUCCUAAAACCAACAUUGACGUCACUGGAUUCUCCAAAAACUGGUGGGUUGGAUUAAGUAUCCUGCACAACUUGUUUACAAGGGAACACAACCGAAUCUGCGAUAUGCUUUUCAAAAAUCAUCCUGAUUGGACAGAUGAUCAACUUUUCCAAACAGCCAGGCUUAUCAACACGGCUCAAAUAGUUAGAAUCCACACUUUGGAAUGGACCGGUGCAAUACUGAACACGGACUUCAUCAACGAGUCGCUGAUAGCUCAGUGGUACGGUAACGUUAGUUCACGAGUUGCAAAGAUAUUGCAGAGCAUGAAUAUUAGUAUCGGCGCCAACAGUAUUCCGACGCACGUGAAUAAUCCACCGGAUUAUAGAGGGGUUCCUUUUUCUCUGACGGAGGAAUUCGUGUCUGUUUACAGAAUGCACUCGCUGUUACCGGAUACAAUUGCCAUCCGUCAGAUGAAUACAGGUAGUUAUAACGGAAAAAGGUACAGUCUCCCCAAAUAUUCUUUCGACCAUGCCCGAAGGGUGUUCGACGAUAACCCAUUAGAUGAUGUUCUGUUUACUUUUGGAGUGGAGAAGUCAGGGCAACUGGUGUUGCAUAACUAUCCAACAACACUCAUGAACCUGAGGAUACCAAAGCACCAAAAAGGCGGACGGCUCGUUGACUUAGCAACCAUUGACAUUUUGAGGGACCGCGAGAGAGGGGUCCCACGGUACAACCAGUUCAGACGAUUGCUGAACCUUAGUACACCAAAAACAUUCGAAACACUUACAAAUGACUCCGUAACUGCUGCAGAACUCAAACAGGCCUACAACGGUAACAUUGAAGAUGUCGACCUUCUGAUUGGUUCUUUAGCCGAAGCACGCCCUGACGGAUUUGGGUUUGGGGACACCCCGUUUCAACUUUUCCUGUGUAUGGCCAACCGUCGUCUUAAAACCGACAGGUUUUUGACAAUCGAUUACAAGGAAGAGUAUUACACUAGAGAAGGUCUGGGCUGGGUUGAAUCAUCCACCAUGAAAGAUAUACUGCUACGAAACUUUCCUGAAGUGAGCGGUCUAGACAAAGCUAUGAAGAAUAUUACAAACGCGUUUUACGUGUGGAGUCAAUAACAAAAAGCGGUCUUCCCCUUUACAACUAGCCAGAUCCCUCUAGCUCUUCGGUAAUCUGUAACUGUAUUAAUCUCGAACUGAUUCAUUUGAAACUUCUCUUACAAAAUUGAUGUCCUAUCCUGUGAGCAUGCGAAAACCUUAGACCGCCAGAGUUUUUUCUUCCUUUACUAAAAAAAAGAACCGAGGCUACAAUGGUAGUUUAAAUCGAAGGAAAUUAAUUAAUGUAGUAACCAUGUAGUAUGUUUCAAAGUUCAUAAUACUAAGGCAAAAAUAAAACGUAGCUUUUCAUGCA